AUGGUUAGUUUAUCAGGUGUCAUUGCAUUGGCAGUGGUGCUCCGGAUAGGAUUUUUCUUGUUUGGCUUGUAUCAAGAUGAACAUAUGCCGGUGAAAUAUACCGACAUAGACUACUUGGUGUUUUCAGAUGCCUCGCACUAUGUCUUUGAAGGACAAUCGCCAUAUCUUCGAGAAACAUAUCGUUACACGCCAAUACUAGCAAUGAUGCUAGUGCCGAACAAUUGGGGGUCUUUAUGGUACAGUUGGGGAAAGGUAAUGUUCAUGGUUGGUGAUUUAGUGACAGGUGUUUUGAUUGCCAAAUUGUUGGCCAAGGAAACCGAUUUAACAAAGUCAAAGAAGUUGGUUUUAUCAUCAUUGUGGCUUUUAAAUCCAAUGGUUAUAACUAUAAGCACAAGAGGUUCGUCUGAAAGUAUAUUGACCGUAUUGGUAAUGCUUUCGUUGUACUACUUGGUUGAAAAGAGGAGUAUCUUUGCAUCAGCGUUCUGGCUUGGAUUGGCAAUUCAUUUUAAAAUAUAUCCUAUAAUCUACAUACCAAGUAUCUUGUUGUGCUUGACUAAUAACUCACAACCAAUUGUCAAUUUGCGCGUAUUAAAAUUGAUCAAUUUCCAGAAUAUCAAGUACAUAUUUUAUACGAUUGCAACUUUGGCAUUGCUCAAUGGGUUAAUGUACUUUUUAUACGGACAGGAGUUUCUUGAAAAUUCAUACUUUUACCACAUUAAAAGAAUAGACCAUAGACACAAUUUUUCAGUCUAUAAUAUGGUUCUAUACUACAAAUCUGCAUUACCAAUCUCAUCCAAAAUAGACAUUGAGAAAUUGGCAUUUGUUCCCCAACUCUUACUAUCAGGGGUAAUCGUUCCUUUCAUAUUUGCAAAACAGGAUUUACUAUCCUAUGGUAGAAGAUGGAAUGAACUUCGUCGAUUCGAGUGCCGUAUCAACACACAUCCCAACUCGUCAGAUGGCUCAUCGUAUGUUGAGCAGGGGAACACAAAAGUUAUUUGCACAGUACAGGGGCCCAUUGAACCCAGCAGUAGAGCCCAAAUGAAUCAGGAUCGUGCUAACCUAGAAGUCAACCUAACUAUUGCCAAUUUCUCCACUUUUGAACGAAAGAAACGGUCGAAAUCGGAAAAGCGGAUGGUGGAAAUUAAAACUACACUAGAAAGAACUUUUGAACAACUGAUACUAUUGCAUUUAUACCCUCGAACUAAUAUAGCGAUAAACGUACAGGUAUUGAGUCAAGAUGGAGGAAUGAUUGCAGCAAUAACAAAUUCAAUUACGUUAGCUAUAAUUGAUGCUGGAAUUGCCAUGUAUGAUUAUGUAAGUAGUGUCAGUUGUGGAUUAUUUGAUCAAUCGCCAUUACUAGAUUUGAACAAUUUAGAAGAGACUGAUGUGAGCUCCAUCACUGUUGGGGUCAUUGGCAAAAGUGAAAAAUUAGCAUUGUUGCUAUUGGAGGAUAAAUUGCCGUUGGAUAGCUUGGAAAAAGUAUUGAGUAUUGGAAUAGCUGGAAGUCAUAGGAUAAAAGACUUGAUGGAUAUGGAAGUGAGGAAACAUGGGAACGCAAGAGCAUCUAAAUUGGCAAAUUAA